GGGGUAGAGGAGGGGGCACCUCUGCCAGGUUAGAUCCCAGGCGGUGCCAGCUCUGCCAGCAAGAUGGUGUCGUGGAUCAUCUCUAAGGCCGUGGUGCUGGUGUUUGGUAUGCUGUACCCUGCAUAUAACUCUUACAAGGCCGUGAAGACGAAAAAUGUGAAAGAAUAUGUACGGUGGAUGAUGUAUUGGAUUGUAUUUGCCCUUUACACUGUAACUGAAGCAUUAGCGGACUUCACAAUAUCAUGGUUCCCUUUGUAUUAUGAGCUAAAGAUUGCCUUUGUUAUAUGGUUAUUAUCCCCUUAUACUAGAGGGGCCAGCUUGUUGUACAGGAAGUUUUUGCACCCUCUGCUUUCUUCAAAAGAAAGGGAGAUUGAUGAAUACAUCGUACAAGCCAAAGAAAAGAGCUAUGAAACCAUGGUGAACUUUGGCAAGACAGGCUUGAAUCUAGCUGCUAAUGCUGCUGUGACUGCUGCUGUAAAGAGCCAGGGGGCCAUUACAGAACGCUUACGAAGCUUCAGUAUGCACGAUCUAACCGCAAUACAAGGAGAUGAAGCCGUGGGGGGCAGAUCAUACCCGCUUUUACAAGAAGCACAAAAGAAGUCGAAAAACAUUUCCAGCGAAGCAGGAGGACUCAGCUCAUUAAAGAAUGAUUCUGGAGAUGACAAAACAGAUGAGGAAACAGAGGGGGCACAUUCGGAGGAUGAAACAUAUUCUCAGAAGGGACUUCGGAGGUCACAGAGCAUGAGAUCCAUUAAAGGAGUCAAAGGCCGCAAGGAGGUGCGAUAUGGAUCACUGAAGUAUAAAGUGAAGAAGAGGCCCCAAGUUUAUUUUUGAUCGGCCACAUGGAAUCUCCUGAACUGACCUUCUGUAUUAAUAAUUCUUUGUAUGACAUACUGUACGUU